AUGAUCUAUGAGGAUGAGGCCGAAUUCCAGAAACACUCUUGUAACGAACAUGGCGUCCCUGAAGCGCAUGUUGGAACGCUAAGUGGUGCAGCCAGAAGACCGGCUCUUGAGAAGAUACUGGAAUGCCCGUUUGGAGAUGACUUUUCAGCCCCGGAAAAUGCAGACAAAAGCAACCUUUUUUUAAACGGGGCUCUCCAUCAACAUGUCGCGACCCAUAUGAAACAAAUAGCCUUACUUGCUUUGCAGAAAUUACCACACGGCGAUGAGGAAGACUGUGAGGAUGUCGCUAGUGACGCCCCAUUGGACGAUGUCAGAUUUCCAGAACUGCGCAGAUCUAUGUACAGUCUACUGGAUGAUGAAACUCUAGAGUUUGAAGAUACAGUUGAGGAUGGAGUUUCAAAUACUCUCGAAGAUCGCAUCAUGUCAUCUGUUGGUAGGCUCGGUCUUGAGGACAGAGAUCUAGAGGGAAUGACGAAGCUUCACCGCGCAGUACGUGAUAAUGAGUUUAUGGUAGUCCAGUCUCUCAUCGAGCAAGGUGCAAAUUUACGCAGCACAUCGAAUGAUGGGAGAACCGUAUUACAUUAUGCUUCGAUAGAUCGGUCUAAAGGCGUGGAAAUGAUCAAGCUGCUGUUGAAUUCUAAUGCUCAAGAGGCCUUGGGCUUGGUCGAUGAAGAUGGCCAAACACCCCUGCAUUACGCCGCAAAAGCAGGCUUCGCUGACGCGGCAGAUCUAUUGAUUGCGUCUGGGCUCUCUGCAGACAGCCUUGACAGGUUUGGAUUCUCACCAUUCAUCUGGGCUGUCAUUGUUGGAGAUAUAACCGCGACUCGUCUGUUCUUGUCCCACGGUAGUAACGCAAACUCCACCAGCUCAGAUGGAAAAUCCGCGUUGAGCUGGGCAGCAAGCUUAGGCCACACAUUAAUUGUUGAAUUGAUAUUGGAGAUGAGGGCUGAGGUCAUGUCUGCGACCACGAAGGCUCGGCUGAUUCCUUUGGAAGAAGCGGCCGCAUAUGGUGACGUUCGCACUGUGCAAUUUCUCCUUCACUUCGGUGCAGAUCCAAACUACCGUGAUCGCGAUGGAUGGUCCGCAAUACAUUGGGCGGCUGAACAAGGUCAUCGUGAUGUUUUGCUUUUACUGUUCGAGCACGGGGCCGACAUCCAUGCAGUCAGUGCUUAUGGUACUUCCGUUCUGCAUUGUGCUGCAAAUGGAGGCCACAGUGACAUUGUGACAGAGCUUCUUCAACAUGGGGCCGAUCCUAACAAGUCAACAUGCCACGGAUGGACUCCACUGCACCAUGCUGCGUUCAUGGGACAUUCCCGUGUUGUACGGGCGCUUCUGGAGAGCAACCGAAUAACAUCAAGCCCCGCUCAGGAUAACCAUGGCUGGUCAGCCCUGCACUUGGCAACUCACCGACGGCAACUAGAUACCGUUAUAGCCCUACUUGAAAACUCUGACAUUCAAAAGGCUUAUGCUCAGUGUGAUGAGAGUGGCCUCACUGCGGAAGAGUGGCUAGAUCUUGAGUUCGAGAGUCAUUCAUACAAAACCAUCCGUGAGUUAGCUUUCGACAAAUCUCGUUGCUGCAGGGCAGUCACAAAGCUACGGCAAGCUAUUCGGGACAACCACAUUGUUCUUGCACAAGUCUUUUUAAAUCAAGGAUGCGAUAUCAAUGGUACAGAUUCGGGAAACAGGACCGCUUUAUACUAUUCUGCGACAGCAGGCGACCUUUCAACAGUAGAUAUGCUCCUGCAGUGUGGUGCGGAUCCCAAUAUAAUCCCCGAUGGGUACAGAUCAUGGGAAGAAUUCAUCUCCGACGAUACAAUAAUGCAGCGACUUCGACGGGCUGGUCAUCAGGGCAUGACUUUUGAUCCGGAGAUAGAUUACCAGAUAAGGUUUGCGCUCCUGAAGCGAGGUCGAAAUCACGCUUUGAGUCAGCAACCCUCGCGCCUUUCCCUGCAGCCAGCUAGCAGAAGCAGGCUGAGAGACAUUUUCUGGGGAAGACGUAAGAGUACCACCCCAGAAAAGAAAACUGGGACCGAAAAAUAA